GUGUGUCUCUCCUGUGUGUGUUGCACACACUGGGGGACUGCACCACCAUUCCCACCACACGCCGCGUCACCUUUACCUCCACGGCACAGCACCGGUUGCUUGCAAAGGGACCUGUCUUGCCUGGCGCUCGUGCACUUGACAUGGUUUAGGCGUGCCUUUUAGAGGCUCUCGUCUGGCAGCGCUGCUAGGCAUCCUGGUGUACUAGGGGUGCCAGUCCAGCCUUGCCUUGACUCGCCUUGACUUGACUUGGCUUGACCAUGGCGGCGUCGCACGGAUCGACGGCUCUCCUCCAUCGACGCUUCGUGGACACAGCCUCUCUCGCGUCCGGGUCCUCCUCGCUCUUCGUUCCCUCGUUAGAUCCCACCUUCUCCCCGUCGUUAUUGCACCGCCAUCAUCGCUCGUCCGUCGAUUUGCUGUCAGAUCAGCCGUUAGAUCGCCUCGUGCCAUCUGGCACCAGAGCGGCCGUCGAAGCUGGCAGCAGCAGGGCAAGCAGCCGCAAUGGUGCCGGCAUCCGCGCGAGUGACGGCGGGGGGGAAAGUUACGCGCGGACGUGGACCAACGGCAACCAGCGCGCACGGGGCGGCGUGACCGUGCCGCGAGUGGCGGUUUCGAUCUCGGGGCUGUCGCUUGGCGGGUCUUAUAGCGGGGGAUCGGGAUCUUUAUCGGGGACAGGGGAAACGCAGCAGCGUUCGCAGCAGCAGCGCCGACCGCAGCAACAGCAGCAGAAGGCGGGGGAAAGACGCGGGGUUCUUGCGCGGAGGCGGUCAUCGGCGGAGCUCUUGUCGGAGGAGCGGCGGAAGAAGGAGGUGGAGCGCGCAACGCGCGAGGCGCGGGGGAAAGGGGGCGCGGAGGGGCUGGCGGAAGCAUUGCAGGUGGAGCCGCCGGCGCAGCCGCAGUGGCCGUUUUGGCGGAAGAAGCGGGAGUCGAGCGCGGGUGAGGCGCGCAUGCUGACGAGGCGGAUCGUGGAGCUCGGGAAACGACGGCAGCUGGACCAGGUGUUUCAAUUGCUGGAGGGCGCCAAGCAGAACAAAAAGGCCGUGAACAUGAUCACGCUGAACGCCGCCAUGGCGGCGUGCGUGAACUGCGGCGACAUCGACCGCGCGCUCGACCUCUUCGACGACAUGACGGCGGACGGCGGCACUGGCGUCGACUCCAUCACCUACGGCACGCUGCUCAAGGGCUUAGGCCGUGCAAAGCGGUUGGACGACGCGUUUGAGGUGUUGGAAGCGAUGGAGGACGGUACAGCGCCGGGGCGGCCGGAGCUGACGGCGGUGCACCUCAACACGCUCGUGAACGCGUGCGCGGACGCGGGGGACGCUCGGCGCGCUAUGAGCGUGGUGCAGCGCUACAAGCGCGCGUUCUCCGGGGCCAUUGGGCCGUCUGCUUUUACCUACAACCUGCUGCUCAAGGGCUACGCGCGGUCGGACAACCCCAUGGAGGCGCUGAGCGUGGCGGAGGAGAUGCACCUGCAAGGGCUGCAGUGGGAGCGGGUGACCUUCAACUGCCUCAUCCUCGCGUGCGUGCGCGCGGGGGACAUGGACAGGGCGCUCGACCUGCUGCAGGACAUGAAGGCGGAGGCGUUGAGAAGAGGCGACGAUGACCUGCUGCCAGAUGCUGUCACUUACACCACCAUCAUCAAGGGUCUAUCUGAGGAGGGUGACAUCGAGGCCCUGAGGGACGUGGUGGCGGACAUGAAGCGCGCCAGCUGCGUCAGGGGCAGCCCUACCCAGCCGCACUGCCAGGGGGUGCUGGCCGAUCAAGGCGUAGAGGAUGCGAGCAGCAUUGCCAGUGCCGUCGCCAGCAGCAGCAGCACGAGCAAUCCGUUGGUGAUGGACCGUGUGGCGUACACUGCCAUUAUCGACGCUUUCAUCGCUGUCGGCUCGCCCCAAGACGCCCUGCAGUGCAUGGCAGAGUUAGAAGCGUUGGGUCAAACGGACCGCGCCAUGAGGCCGCGAGCGCACGUGUUCCUCUCGCUCAUGCGCUCUCUUGCCGCUGCCGGCGACCUCACCGCCACCCAGCAGCUCGCCGCCCGGCUCGUGCGCGAUGCGGGCGGCAGGGUGUGGCCGGAGGAGAGAGCGGAGGCGGCAGAGCUGGUGCUGGAGGCGGCGACCAAGGCUGGGCAGAUGGGCGUGGCAGCCAGGUUGUUGGACCAGAUGGAGGCCAUGCACGGGCACCAGCUGCGGAUGUCACUCAGGGGCAUGCAGGCGGUGGUGCAGCUGAUGGCAGCCACGGGGGCGGGCUUUGAGCGCUUCACACCCAUCGGCAUCAGACAAGAGGUGCCCAAAACGCUGUCGCUGCGUGAGACAGUGCAGUCUGUCAUGGUUCCCUUGGCUGACGUGGCAGUGGCCCAUCCUGACCAAUCACUGGCGGAGCUGAGGUCAGCACGGCCGGAUCUGAUGCCUGGUGACGUCAUCCCUGUGAUCAACGGCGCUGACGAGUGUGUGGGCGUGCUGAGAGUACCGAGCCAUGCCACGGACCCUGCCUCUCUCAUCACCCACCUCAUGCUGCCCCCCCCGCCGUCGCUCUCGUCGCUCUCCACCAUCUCCGAGGCGGCCCUGCUGCUGUCCUCGCAGCGCACGCCGCUUGCGGCAGUGGUGGCGGGUAGUGCGCGCAUGCGUUACGGGCUCGCCAAGGAAGCCGCGCAGAGGGGCGCGGGGGAGGAGAGGCGCGUGGUGGGGUUCGUGCGCGCCGAGGCCGUGUUUGAUGGGCAUGGCGGGUGCUGGUGGAGCUCGGGGGGGCGAGAGGGGGGUGAGGCGGCUGCUGGGGGCGAUGGGGCUCUUGAGGGUGAUGCCCUGGGUGAAGUUGGGGGUGGGCAUUUUGAGGUGAGGACUGAAGGCAGCAGCAGCAGCAGUUCCGACCCCCUUGUAGCGGCCUAGGAAGUGUGCUGGUGACUUGGAAGCAUCGAGUCUACGACCAGGAGAAGAAAUGAGUUGAAGUGUCUGCUUUUUUGGGAGUGAUGAGUGAAAUAGGUAGAAAGACGCGACAGGCAUAAGAAACCCCUGUAAAAAUCGUUAGGGGUUUGUUGUAAAUGUUGAAUCUUACAGUGAAAUGUUUGCUGGGUUUGAAUCACUUGAAAUGUCGUGUAUUUUGAUAUAAGUUGAGGAAAGUACAAUU